AUGGCUUCCGUAGUUUCAAGAGCUGGAUCAGAGGAUGACAAGUCUGGCCUCAAACACCUGAAGGACAAGGACUCUGACCCAAUUCAUAGUGUCUCAAGCCAGCUCCGGUUGAAGUCAUCACAAACCCUUAACAAACAAGAAGUUCUUCAUCGCAUUCGACACCGCAAGUCUCUAAACAGAAUCAAAGGCGCUUUGGAGAGUCUCUUGAGCAGCUCUGAAGGCAAUUCAGCCACAUCUCCAGACCAUAUUUGGCUCCAACAAUACGAUGUUUUCUCUGCUCCUUAA